CACACUCACUCACACAAACUCACUCUGGGCUGCUUGGCUUCCAAGGCCACAUUUUACCUAAAUGAAGAAAGUCGCAAGUCACCGGGGCGGUUUUUUAUCCUUCCUCGGAAUUUACAAGGCGUGGAUUGAAAUUUCACACACCCAAUGACAACUUUGGUUCAAGCAAGGACGUCAUGGCCAAGGUGUAUGGACGCUAUCUUGGAUUACUAACAGUAUUGGCAUUGUGCAAAUGGUCCAUGGCCAGCUGGAACACCACCGGUGAGACCGUCAAUCAAACUGAGGCCCCAUGCAGUUACCGUGGCAACAGAGACAAUUGCUCAGCACCCACCUUGGACACUGGACAGUGGAAUGGACACUUCACCAAAUGUCCGCAAGCGCUCCACCACUACUGCAUCCACGGGGAUUGUCGCUAUGUUAAAGAUCAAAAGACACCGUCGUGUAGGUGUGAACAUGGUUACAUCGGUUCGAGAUGUGAGUACUUGGACCUGGACUGGCAGAGAGGGGAUGGGAGGCAGAUGAUCAUCAUCCUUGUCAUCGCUGUGCUCGUGGUCCUCAUUCUUCUCAUCGUGCUCACUUUUGUCUGCUCACAUCGCAGGUUUAAAGUUUGCCGAAAGAAGAGGCGGCGGCAGGAAGAGCCAAGGAACGGGACGGAGAAACUCCAUAUGAUGGAUACCAAUGCACAUUGUGUCACACCAGACUCUGUGGAUCCUCUAAAUAACAAUGACGUAUGAUGAAAGUUUUUGAGGGUCUCCACCUAUUUGUGUACAGCUUGGAUGUUGUCCUGUUGUAUGUGCGGCAGAACUGAGAUUCAUCCCUCUGGAUUAGGCAGGAGUGAGUCCAUCCACACUGGGACAUUUCUGUACAUGAUGGAGGAUAUCAAAAGGGAAGUCCAACGAAGCCUUGGACGUUGAGCUAGAGAACCAAGAAGAUACCUUGUUGGAUUUAUGAUUAUGACAAACCAGAGAUUAUCAUUCUCUAUGAUUAAGGCUCUUUGAAAGUUGUCAACUGUUGAUUCCUGCAGUGCAAAAUCAACAGUUUAUAUCAAUUCAUUCUUGAUUCACAGUGCCUUCCUGUGUAUCAUUCGAACUUUACCAUUGAGGUGGAAAGAUAUCUCGGGACAAGAAGGACUUGUUAGUGUUCAUUUGCACUCAGGCUGCUUCCAGGCUCGGACAACCUAGUCAGUGUGUGAUUGAGGACAAAGUGGUUCACUGUUGGUCAAGUCUGCUCACAUUUAUUUAAGUCUCAUCUGAAUGUGUGCUCUAUUUUAAUAUGAACCCUCACUAAAUCCAGCUAUGAAACAGCACAAAUGAAUUUUGCGUCCGGUGCGACUGUUUGCUUUUCUGACAGUAGAUUGUGAACAAAGACAAUAAAGUGGUUACAGUAUUGUGAUAGUAUGUUGUAAAAAUAACUACUGCAAUUAACACCAUGAUGCUGAAGGCGUUGACAAAUUCCUGGCCUGCCGAGAGGAAGGUUUCGCAUUUGCAAAACAAUGUUGGUGUUUUAAUAUGCUUUCAUAAGAAGUGAUAGUAAAUGUGGCACAAUGGAUGAAUGGCUUAACCCGAUACCUGACAGUUCUGAGAUCAAGGGUUCAAAUGCAGGCUCCACCCUUCCUGUGAGAAGUACCCGUGUUCUCCCUGCUCAGAUGACGAAUGAAUGAAUAAAUAUUAAUACUGUAAUAUAUAUGGAUAAUGAUCAAUUUGAAUCAACAUUUUCCCCAAACUUUUAUAUUGCUUUUUUUUUUAUCAACUACGAUAAAUUCUGUAGUAUUAAUUUAACAAUUAUGUUUAUAACU